AAUGUCUCAGCGCUCUACAUUUUGCAUGUCGAAGUGGAAGGCGGAGUGUGGUAAAAUCACAUAACAUUGACUGCUCAUACACAUCUCCCUCCCUGGUUAAAGUUAAAAAAAAUAUGAAGAUAACCAAAGAAGAUGCCUGUAAUAUUCUCGGUGUCAAGGAAGAUGCUGGUCCUGAUGAAAUAAGAAGUAGCUACAAACGACUGGCGCUCAAAUGGCAUCCAGAUAAACAUGGUGACAGUAAUAUUUCAAAAGAUGAAGCUACCCAGAAAUUUCAAGAGGUCUCUGCUGCAUAUAAACGUCUGACAACAAGUGUCAAUGACACUGAUGAUGAAAUAGAUGAUGGUGAAUUUAUGAACAUACGUGAAAUGAUGGAACUAUUUGCACAUAUUUUCUUUCAUAAUGGUGUUCGAGGAUGUCCACAUCAUGGCAUGGAUUGUUGUGAUUAUGAAGACGAUGAAUAUUUCUAUAGUGAUGAUGAAUACUAUGACUAUACUGAUGAAGAAAGUGAUGAUGAGUUCUUAGAUACAAUAGCUCAUAGGUUACGGAAUAAAUAUGAAGCACGUAAAUAUAUGUCAAAAGAUAAAAUACAAACUCAACGCCAGAGCUUAACAGAAGAAGAAGCUUUGCGUAACGCACGUGAAUUAAUAGAAGAAGAAGAACUUGAAAAAAAGAGAGAAGAGAAAAAGAAAGCUAAAAGAAAGAAAAAGAAGGAAAAGAAAAAGCAAAGAGAAAAAGAAAAGAAAGAACAAGAAGUGUUAAUUGAAAAUAUAAAAAGUGGGGACUCAUGCAAAAAUCCAGAUGUUAAUAACACGAUUCAUAACAAAGAAAAUAAUAAUCCUUCAAAACUUUCAACUGAUCCUUCAACAAACAGGAACAUAAACCAACCACCUUCAAAAGUUAUAACCAGUAAACCAGAGAAUAAUACGAAAAAGAUUAAAAGUAACGUGAAUAAAAAGGUUUCUUCUUCAAAAUCAAAUAACAAAGCUGAUCAAAGUGGAAGAAAAGAUAAAAACAAAAAUAAUAACAAAAAUGGUGGUUCAGAUAUAGAAGAGGAUACAAUAGAUACAAAUAGUGCUUUUUUUGCUCGUGCAGCAAGUAAGGCACCCACAACGUCUACAUCUUCAUCACAAGACACAUCGAAAGAAACGUCUGCGAAAAAGAAAAAGAAUAAUACAUCACCGCAAAAUCAACAACAACAAAGCAAAAAGUCUAAAAAGCAGAGUACAAAUAUAAACGAUACAGAACAUUCUGAUAAGAAAAAUAAUACAAAAAAUAGUACGUCUGGUAUCAGUAGUACGUCAUUCACGAAUACCACGGUGGAUACUGAAAAGUCAUUGCCGGUGGUAAACAAAACGUCUCAUACAGAAUCGUCCGGCGAAAUUGAUAGUAUUGUACUGCAAAGUCGGCAGUUAGCUGUACAAGGUAAUCAGUUGGCUCAGACUGGCGAUUAUCAUGGUGCAGUGGAUAUGUUCACAAAAGCAAUAAAUCUCGACCAAACAGAUUUUCGGUUUUUUGGAAACAGAUCAUACUGUUAUGAUAGAAUAGAAAAAUAUAAAAACGCACUGGAAGAUGCUGACGCUGCUAUAGUACUGGCUCCAGAGUGGCCGAAAGGUCAUUUUCGAAAAGGAAGAGCUUUAACCGGUUUAAAGCGUUUCCAAGAAGCGGAACAAGUAUUUCAGCAAGUGUUAAAAUUAGAUCCUGUUUGUGAAGACGCACAGUUUGAACUAGCUCGCGUACGUGUGCAAAUAUUAAUAGAUAUGGGUUUCACGCCGAGUUUAUCGGAUCAGGCUGUCAGAACCUAUGGAACAGUUCAGCAAGCGUUAGAAGCUCUGCUGGCUGGAAAAGUAAGCGACGAGGAAGACUCCGAAGACGUUUACUUUUCUGAAGACGACGAAGUUAUAACGUCUGACAGCCAAGCCAAUAUAAACAAUAGAAAACAAGAACAACAUAUAAACAGACAGUCGGUGAGACAACCAGAACCAAAAUGCACUGCAUUAUGGGUAGGUAAUGUUGAUCCACAACUGGUGAAAGAGAAGCAGAUGACGCAGCUGUUUAGUAAAUGUGGCCGUGUCAGCAGUGUUCGUAUACUCCCUCAUAAAUAUUGUGCGUUCGUGAACUACGUUGAAGCAAGCAGUGCGUCAUUAGCUAUGGAAAAAUUGCAGGGCGCUGGUUUAGGUAACCAGAAAUUGUUACUACGAUUUCCCAACAACCCACCACCUGGAUCAUACAUACCCGAACCUACAGUAACCAGAACAUCCAUCUCAAAAUCAAGGUCACUCAGCGAGUCCAGCAAUGAUUCCAGUAAAGUUAGUGGUCCAGUAAAUGGAAACGAAUGUUACUUCUGGCGUACAACUGGUUGUGUUUUCGAAAAUCAAUGCAGAUAUAAACACGUGCGUGGUCAUAAAGGUGUCGAUCUACCAAAGGUCCAGGCUAAAUACGGGAAAAUCCCGGCUAGUUAAUGAGUCGAUUUUUAUUUGAAGUGUCACUCAGUGGCACGCAAUGUUCGCGUUUUUUUUCUGUUAAAUUUUGUCAUCGUAGUAAAACUAAGUAAGAUUUUAGAAUUCUUGGUAUGCGUGGAUCGCUUCUCAGCUAUGUUCUACCGUGAUCUAAUUAGAAGAAAACUUUUUUGUUAUUUUAUAACGAAAGAGUCGAGUAAAAAGUGUUCCGUUUUUUUUUAAAGUUUCCUCCUCUGUUAAUCUUAUUAUCACACGCUAGCCGUGACAAAUGAUUUAUGUGUACGAAGCAGUUCGAAACAACUGUAUGUCUUGACAAUAAAGAAAGUAUAAUUUUGAUACUUAAACAUAAUACAUAGAUAAAUAAA